UCCAGGCAUCAUGCAGUCAUUUGGGGCUGGUGUGUAAUCAUAAAUUGUACACGCGCAUUUAGGACAAACACACUUGUGCUCUGAGCAUCAAUCCAGGAGGAAGCCUUAAUUCUAUGGCGAUGAAAAUGGAUUUAAGUGCCAUCAUAGAGCAGAUGGAGACGGGAGAGCAGGACACCGCUCUGACUGCUCUACAGAGCUUCACCAAGGAGAUGAACCAAUGCUUUACAUUCAGCAGGGAAGAGGAGCAUGAAAGAGAGCGUCUAGGGGAGUUGGUGCUCGGUUUCCUCAAUAGGGAGUUGCAGCCAUCCUGUCAGCUGGCAUGUCUAGAAACGCUUCGCAUCCUGACCAGGGACAAAGACUGCCUGGACCCCUUCAUCAAUCGCUCGGCCAUGUCUACUCUUGCCCGCUACGCUGGCAUCGCUGUUUCCAGCACUGCCACACAUGCCCAUAGCAAUCUGAUGGAGGGCCAAGUCGAGGGUGAGGGGGAAGAUGCAGAGGAAGUGUCGAGUGAGUUGAUGAAGGGAGCGUCCCCUCCAUCAGAAAGUCCUGACCAGGAAGUUAUUGUCGAGGCUCUCAAGUCCAUAUGUAACAUCCUGCUACACAACGAGACGGGACAGGUCAUCGCAGCAGAUCUGCAGCUGAUGAAGGGCUUGUCAGAGAGGCUGAAACAGUGUCAUGAUUCCACUUGGAUCCACGAGGUGCGGUUCUUUGACCUGCGUCUCACCUUUCUGCUGACUACCCUCAGGGUAGACGUCAGGGCACAGUUAGCACAGGAGCUUCAUGGCAUCAGUCUGCUAGGCAACCAGUUGGAUGUGACACUAGGCCUGUGUUGGCCAGACACAUUGGAGACGGCCAGAGCAGGAUCAGAGGACGUCCCACUUGAAGAGCUACCCCCUCUGAGCCGGGAACAAACUGAACUAGCCAUGGAAAUUCUGAAAAUACUAUUCAACCUCACGUUUGACACUGCAAGGCGUAAGGUUGACGAGGAGGAGAUGGCAGAGUACAGACAUUUGGGAGCCAUACUGAGACACUGUCUAAUGAGCCAUGCUGAUGGAGAGGAGCGGACUGAGGAGUUCCACAGCCACAGUAUUAACCUGUUAGGUAACCUCCCUCUGCCCUGUCUGGAUGUGCUGUUGUUGCCAAAGGUACAACAAGCUUCCAUUGAGUAUAUGGGGGUCAACAUGGAUGCUGUCAACAUGCUCCUGAAAUUCAUGGAGAAAAGACUUGACCGGGUCCAUAAACUGAGAGAGACCCUUCUCCCAUCACUGAACUUGCUGACCGAAAGCAGCCGCAUCCAUAGAGAGACCAGGAAGUUCCUCAGGUCAAAGGUGCUACCUCCACUGCGUGAUGUGAUAAACAAACCAGAGGUGGGCAGUGCUCUGAGGAACAAACUAGUCCGUAUAAUGACACACAUUGACACCGAUGUUAAGGACUGUGCAGCUGAAUUCCUCUUUGUACUCUGCAAAGAAAGUGUGUCAAGGUUCGUUAAGUAUACUGGAUAUGGUAAUGCUGCGGGUCUUCUGGCUGCCAGAGGGCUGUUGACCGGGGGCAGAGACUCUGGGAUCUACUCUGAAGAUGAAGACUCUGAGACAGAGGAGUACAGAGAGGCCAAGGCUCAUAUAAACCCAAUAACAGGAGUUGUGGAAGAGGAGCAGCCUAAUCCCAUGGAGGGAAUGACAGAGGAGCAGAAAGAAUAUGAAGCUAUGAAGCUGGUCAGGAUGUUUGACAAGCUGUCCAGGACCAAUGUGAUCAAACCCAUGCAGCUCAGCAUGGAUGGGAAAAUGAGAGAGGUAACUCCAGAUGAUCUACAAAACCUCACACACAAUCCCGUGUUCCAGCCAGAAGAGCCUGGCAGUGAAGAUGAGGCUUAGUAAGCACAGAGGCAGAAAUAAAGAAAUAGCUGUAACUCCUGUGUCAGUCCUGGCUUGAUUAUUGAAAACAUUCAAGUGCCACAAGGUGGACAAUUGGGAUUAGUUGAGUCAAAGUGAAACCACAGCAUGGAAUUCAGAUUGAAGGACAAUAUCACUGGCUUUAUGUGCUUCUCUGUCAUAUACAAAUAACCCUUGUUUCAUUACUGACUACUUUACAAAAAUGUGACUAUAUGAAAUUAUACACUUACACAAUACAUUUAAAAAUCAUCCUUUUGACAAAAAAUAGUAAAUGGCUGAGUUGUACAUGUUGCCAGUUGAUUUUCAUAAUUGUAAGGUAGAGAAUCAGAAACAGCUUCAGUAUGGUCAUUUAAAUCAUGCUCCUGUCCAACUCAGCAGGGUUGACUUGGCUUCUAACAAACAAGAAGACUCAUUUAUUGCUAAUUUUAGCUCAUGACCUGCUUGCAUAACUUUAUUAGUAGACUUCAUGUAUCUCUUCAAGUGUUUGUGUACCUUAUCAUUAGUAUUUGUUAGUCAACUGCACACUGUACAGUAGGCUGAGUAAUCCAUUAUGUAGACCAUUCCUGCCCCCCCCCCCGACACAAAACCUGAACCUUAAAUGCCUCACAGAGUUGAUGUAGGAUUGCAUGGUUCAAAGUGAUUUAUUAAACAACAACUAUAAGCUCAUUCAACACAUCUCACAUGACUCCCAAACCAUUGAGAUCAUGUUUCUCAAUCGUUUGGAUCAGAUUUGUUGAGACAAUGAGACCAUGUCUUUUGAGACUCCUGUGCCUCCUCACAGCACAGAGCUGAAUGAGCUUAACAGCACCAUGCCUCUCCAUAAAUACCCAGUUACUGUAAAACUAACACUAAUAGGAGCUUUUCAUGUUCAGAUUAUGUGUAAUUUCACAAUCUCAUUGGAGCAGUGGAACUGUAUGAAAGGCAGACGAAUGCUGCACAGUUUGUGAAGAUGGAAUCAGCUAUUUUCGAGGAGAAAAAAAUUAGAUGCCUGUUCUUUUUCAUAAAUCCCCUGAGAUGUUUUAUUUUUAGACUUGAUGUGAAACUGCUGGCAUAUAUGUCAUAAUUUAAUAUUCUAAUGAAACGAGAGACCCUGUAAUAUAUAACUCAUCAUCUAAUAUUUUGUAUUUAUAUUGUUGUUGUAUAGCUGCCAAUAAUAAUGGGCUGUAUUAUACAUUAAAUGUCUUUA